AAUAUUUCGCUAUAGAGUGCCAGUUAUUGGUAUAUUUUGGCGCUUCAGCUACGGUCACACCGCUCAAAUUUCCUCUAAAUUUGACAUUUUAUUCCGCUUAAGAUUUAAUUUAAAUUAAAACAGGUGGUUUCGAGGAAAAUUUAAAGUAUUUUAGGCGACACUUGGACGAAGCUAAAACCGCCCCCGCAAGAAUUCCACACCUUCCCAAUUGCACUGUGAAAAAAACCGGUUGCUGACCUUCGGCAGCAUGGAGCGUCGUCGCUUUAACUUGAGCAGCAUGUCGCCCAUGGCGGAUUCCACGCGGAUUGACGCGUCGCUAAUGGGCAAUCGCCACUCGCCCGCCAGUUUCUUGAGGGGGCUGAGUCCCAAGGGGGCGAACACCACGCUCAAUGGCACCCGCACCCCGGAAAGGUCAUUGAUGAACCACACGGCCACAUCGCCCAGCAGCAUAUCGCGACAAAAACUGAACCUCAGCCAGUUGGAUCCCAGAACAUUUGUCGAUGUGCACAGCAGUGGACUGGCCUCCCGGAUAGUGGCCUACCAUGAGAGCAGCCUGGGCGGACGCAGUGGUCUGCAGCGCAGCAUGUCCGCCAGCAAUCUGUACAAUCCACUGACGCAGCCGCGCAGGGCUCCCGCCACCCCGCUGCCCUACAAAUCGAAGGUGCCGGCGCUUUCCAUGACCCAAAUUGCACCACCGGAGCGGAGCUUCUAUUCCGGCAACACACUGCCCAGCCUUUUGCGCUCCAACUCUCUGGCGGGAGUGGUGCACAAGGCCAGCGAGCAGGAGCAGCUGUCGCGGGAGAAUCGACCAAUCUUGCAUCCGCCGCAUCCGCAGCACGAGAGUGAACCAACCAGGAGCGUGCUGGAGGAGCUCAAGGAGAUUUCGCGGAAGCGAAUCAACAGUGGUGAUGCGUCCUCGCCUCACGACUUUACGAAAAGGAGUUGCCAUCGAGGUGUGGACUUUGUGGACCACCACCGUCACCAACAACAGCUCACCCAGAUGCCGCAGCAUCAGCAGCAGCAAAAUCAGUCCUUUAAGAGACAACGCGAACUCACUGUAUCGGUUCCUCUCAGGCAUCAUUCGACAUCGCUGGUGCCUGCUCCACCUUCAAUGCAGCAUAUGCUCUCCAAUGGCAGCAUAUCGCCCACCCAGUCGCCGGAGCAGCUUGCCAAGCGGCCCAACUGCAGCUACAACAACGACAUUGCCUCCUCGCUGAGCUCCAGUCGGCGGCACAGAAACAAGCGGAAGCUGUUCGACAUGCGGGAGAGCUUUCAGCGGAGCAAAUGUGAGCCCACUGCCAGUGGGAGCUCGCCGGACAACUCCCCCGGCGAGAAUGUGGCCAAAAUUCAGCGUAAAGUGAUCGCAGAAUCGGUUACCAAGGCGUCGAGCAUGCCCGUUCUCUCUGUGUCGCCAGUGCCUCCUGCGCGGACAAUUUCAGCACCUCCAGCAGAUCAGAGAUCUGCAGAAGUUCCGACUGUGACGGAGAAACCCAAGCUUACGCUAUUCAAUGCGCGGCAGUCUCAAACGAAAGCGGAACAGCCGCGACAGGAUCUGAACAGUCCGGAGGUUGAUGCCGGGGAAUGCGCGGGCAUUAAUUUUGUGAAGCCUAAGCAGCAGAACUCCAUGCUGGGCGUUAAAAAUCCCAGUGUUGAACGCACGCACAAGACCAAACUGGCCAUAAUGCUCAGUGGAUUGAAGGGUGAACUGUACCAUGGUGAACCGGACGAACUAGACGCUCCAGCGCCAGCUCCUGUGGACCUGCCAACGCCCAUAAAACCUACAAUUGCGCCGCCUGUGACUACAACUACAACCACCACGACCACAACCUCCACCGCGACCAUGAGUACUUCGGCGCCCAGCAAGCCGGUAAUACUAAGUAACCAGGUGAUAAAGCCAGCGGAAACGUCAACCACAAGUACCACCGACCCACUGCCGAAACUUGUGUUUGGCCAGUCGGCGACGACCGCUUCACCGAACCCAGCAGCGGCGCCAAAGACCACCGAGAAGGAUCCGGCACCACCAGCAGGAAUCCCUGCCAAGCUCGAAUUACCAGCUAAAUCUUUGGCGCCUGCAGCAACAACUCAACCAUUGAUUACUUUUGGCACACCGAAAUCCUCUGCUGCACCCACACUCUCAUUUGGAAAUGCCAGCACUACUGUAACUACUACUUUAAGCACCAGUGCCACCACCACAAAGCCAAUGUUCUCAUUUGGGCAACCGUCUGCCAAUGGAACAACAGUAGGCGUCGCAUCUGGAUUCAAAAUAGACAGCCCCGCAACGACAAAAGCCAAUUCAACUAACUCAGGAACGCCGGCCACAACUACAACUACUUUUGGAGCGGUCACAACUACAAUUACUUUUGGAGCGGCCACAACUACAACUACUUUUGGAGCGGCCAUACCAACGACGACAUCGACCACGUCAUCCAUCAGCUUUGGCAAGCCGAUUUCAGCAGGACCAACAGGACCGGCCACAAUGAACAACCCAGCCACAGAAAUAAUAUCGCCAUUUGGAACAGGACCAUCGACCACUAGCAAUGCGAUGAACUCAUCGGGAAGCAAACCAAUAUUUGCCUUUGGACAGUCGGGCAAUGCAACCUCAGGGACUCCGGCAAGCAGUGGAAAUGAAGCACCUGCUGCCAAACCGGCUGUUUUCAGCUUUGGCGGUAGCACCACUCAACCAGCUGGAGCAGCAUUAACACAAUCGUUUGGCAGUCAAUCGCAGCCGGGCGCUAACUCUUUUGCCGGGGUUUUCAGUCAACCCGCGGCUACCAAGGCCGAGCCAACUAAGCCUGGUAUCUUCGGAAGUCAGGACAACAGCUUUGGAAGCGCCUUUAAACCACCAGGAGAUGCCGCAGCAACCACAGCUGCCGAGCCUGCCAAGCCAUUCGGUUUUGGAGCUACCACAACCGUGGCAGGCGGAGCCCCAGCGCCCACGAAUCUCUUUGCCUUUGGAGGAUCAGCCACAUCGAAGACAACAGAACCUACUACAACUAAUACCGCAAACAAUGUGUUUGGUCAGAAUGCAGCUACCACCAAGCCCUUUGCCUUUGGAGGAGCAGCAGCAGCAGCAGCUGGAGGAAGCAGUGAAAAUAAGGACAACAAAUCAAUAUUUGCAUUUGGAGGAGGAGGAGGAGCAGGAGCAGACAACAACUCGGCAGCCAAGCCGAGUUCGUUGUUUAACUUUGGCGGCGCGGAAAAGAGCGCACCACCUGCCUUUGGCAGCGCAGCACCAUCGGCAUCAUCUGCAGCGCCCACACCGGCAAGCAACGCCUUUGGAUUCGGCUCAGCCCAGCAGAAGCCUGCCACACCCAUGUUUGGCAGUGGAUCAGCCCAACAGGCCGCGUCUGCAGCCCCUCCUGUGGCAGCCACCAAACCAUUUGGAUUUGGAGGUGCCCAGCAGGCGUCUGCACCAUCGGCGUCGCCAGCUUCUGGAGGAUUCUCGUUUGCCGCAGCGGCAUCAAAGAAUACCUCUGAAGCGAGUGGAACAAAUAUGUUUGGCAGUCCCGCCAGCACCAGCAAGACGACUUUUAACUUUGGCGGAAACACCGGCAACCAGACAGGAGCAGCAUCGCCAGGUGGCUUCUCUUUUGCCACACCAACCAAGAAGGAAGCGCCUGCGGCCACAAACAUGUUUGGAAGCCCCAACACCGGAGUGGUUAAGCCAAGCUUUAGUUUUUCAAACAACAAUCCGUGCACCCAAUCAGCAGCUCCUGCUCCGGCGCCCAGCUUUGGAGGAUUCGGAGCACCAGCAGCGCCACCAACAGGCGCAUCCAAUCAGAACAAACCGUUUGCCUUUGGAGGAGGCUCGGCGGCUCCCGCUCCCAGCGCCUCACCCAUGGGCGGCAACCUGUUCGCCAAUGCGGUGGCUGCCACCCAAAACCAACCGAAGCCGGGAGGAGUCUUCCCGUUCGGCGGGGCUAAGAGCACCGCCAGCAGCACGACAGCCGGCAAUGCGCCCUUCUCCUUUGGCGGAGCAGCUACAGGCGGCAUCGCCUCGCCGCCCAGCAACCAGGGCAUGAACACAGCGAAGCCAUUCACCUUUGGAAGCCCAGCACCUGCGCCGGCAGCUAGCAAUCCGGCAGGAGCCUUCAGCUUCGGCGGCGGCGGCAGUCCGGCCCAACAGGCGAACGCCGGAAACAUGUUCGCCCCACCGUCGGAGAGUCGACCCAUCCGCAAAGCCACCCGGCGACUGCAGAAAUAAGUCCGCGACCCAAAUUAAUGUGUAGUUCAUUAUUGUUUUUCUAGUUAAAUUAUUGUUUUUUACCAGACAGUGCAGGAAUGUAGUUGGCAAUCCAAAAUGUAAUAUACAAAUCCAUUUCUGUAAAUGUGAUUGUCUCUAAAGCGUAUAGAAUUAGAAACGUAUCAUUUAAUUAUAUUUUUAUGCAUUCAAUAAACAAAAUGUAUGUUAUUGAAAUCAAUAUAAAACCAACUAAAAAUAAACAAUGAAGUAUGAACCUUGAAGUGUUCAAAUUACA